UAGUUUACAGAAAUCGGUAGAUCGGUGUACAAGUGACUAGCACAGCUUCUAAUCAUGGAGGACAGGAGAAGAUAUAGGGGAAUGGAUGAACAUUUAGAGAAUAUUAAUAGGGAAUACAUUUCAUUUCCCAAAUCAGUAGUAAGAAGAAACAACAGAAUUUUGAGCGAGGUUCUAAAUCCUUUGAUAUGCAGAAUGCGGCAAACAGACCAACUUUUUGACCAACUUUAUAAAAAAAAUUUUUAUGGGGGCAGUUACUACGAUGGACUGAAAGUUGGAUCUCCAGAUGAGUACGACAUAGACUUGUUGUUAAAGUUUCCACCAACAUGUGGAAUCGAAAUACGUAUCGGUGAAAUACCCGGAUUUGUGAAUAUGUAUAUGCACAAUAACACGGGUUUUGAGAAACUUUGCAGUACCGACGACAAAUGGAAAUCAUUUCUAGACACCAGAAAGGUCUUGGAGUGGAUGGAAGGGAUCGUUCAGAAAGGCCUAAAUUACUUUAGACCGGAUAAUAAUUCUUGGUGUACUUUUGGAAGUGAAGAGUCACUUUAUGUAAAAAAGUUUCGCAAAAGUGGUCCAGCUUUCACUUUGAUAAUAAUAGGAGAACUCGAUGGUGAAGAGGUAAAGAUGGACGUGGAUAUAGUGACUUGUUUUGAGUUUGGUCAGGAUAAGUGGCCUAAGGAUGGUUUUAAAGUAUAUUCUGACAAAUAUGGAUUUAAUUUGUCUGAAUUUUUCGUCGUACCCAAAAAACCGAAAGGGACACCAGAAAAUGAUACCAAAUACUGGCGAUUAUCCUUCCAAAUACAGGAAAGGGAUUUUAUAAAUAACAAGGGACACCUAAAACCUGCAUUAAGACUAUUAAAGAAAAUGAGAGACACGAUGCAACACAAACAAGUAUCCAGUUACUAUUUAAAAACUGUGGUUUUGUGGAAAGUUCUAGAUUGCGAUUCAUCUUUUUUCAGUGACAAUUCGUUGAGUUACGUUUUCAUGCAUAUUUUAAAACAAUAUCAAGCAUGCUUAAGCAGGGAAGAAAUAUUAUAUUUCUGGAAUGACAACUAUAACUUCUUAGAUUUAGUCAGUGGAGAUGUGGCUAAUAUGAGUAACAGAAUACGCCGUAUUAUUAAUGACAUUGAAGGGAACAUGCCAGACAACCCAGAGGUUAUAGUGAAAUAUAUCUUAACACCUGACGAGCGGAAGACUCUUUAUCCUGAACCUAACCCUGAACCAAGAAUUACGUACGAAUGAUACAACGUAAGUCCCCAGCCAGCUCCUGAGGCACCAAGUUGGUGUGUAUUAAUUUAAGAAUGGAUAUCCAUAGUUUUACUGCUAAUAAAUUUUAUCAUUCUUCUUAAAAUAAAAACUGCUUUUACCUAACUUUUAAUAAACGUGCCUCUUCAAUGAAA